UUAGUCGUUUCCGCUUUCCUUUUCCAUAACGCUAUAUACAGAUAUACACGUCUGUGGGCAUAGGAGCAAAAAUCGCAAUUCCUGGAAAUCGGUGCUCAUCAGCGCCGCCACCGCGGCGCGGCGCCGGAAAUCGUUCAAAAAAGUUCUUCAAAGUGGCGGUUGCACCCCUCGGCCCUCGCGAGUGUAGUCUUCCCGCUCGCUUCCUCGCGAUCGGCAGUCGGCGAGCGGUUUUUGCACAGCGCGGACUGCGGAGUGACCGGAGGGGACAUUGGACAUCACCAUGGACGAGCCUAAGAGGAAGAGCUUCCUGGACAUCCUGAGAAAGAAUCUAAGCCUCGCCGAUAGGUCGGCUUUCAUCACCCGGUUCGUUUACAUCGGCGAGUGCAGGGGCUCGACGAGUGACUUGCAAAAGAAAUUUCGCGAAAACGUCAAGGAGAUAAAGGCCGAGUAUGGCGAGGACGCUCUGACGGGGAUUUUGUUGGUGUAUCCCAGGAACUUUAUACACCUUGUAGAGGCCACUGAGGAAAUAAUCUACAGGCAUUUGAAAGGUGUUCUUGGAAAACAAUCAGAAAAAUUGAUCGGACGAGUGAUUCCUCUACCAGCAAAUCAUAAUAUUUUUAAGUUGUAUUUCAUCGACUGGCAUGUUGUUCAAAUAAGAAAUCCUCCUUGGCUGUUAGACAAGAUUGAAACGAUUGAACUCGACGAAAUUCAAAGGCAGAUAAAAAAUUGCUUGUCUAAAAUGUAUUUGUUAAGCGAAUAUUUAUUGAAUGAAAGAGAUGCAUCUCGUGAAAAGACCAUCGAUGCUCUCACAACUAUAAGCAGAGUAAAGCCAUACUAUUUGCCAGAAGUGACAAUAGUGGAAUACUUACUUUCCAUCAAAACACCUGUCCUGGAAGAUCUUCGAAACUACAUUAACAAAUUUGAUGCUGUUCCAUCAAUCAAUUUUUACAAUGAUCGAAUAUGGCCACCAGCACAUGGAUUCAUACCUCAAAUGAUUAACUCGAACUGAAGAUGAAGACAAUCAUAAGGUCAGUAACUGUAAAUUGUUUCAUUGAUACUUAUUAUUAUUUUUUUAAUAUUCGAAAUCCAAGCUCAUAUCAAUAUACAAAUUUAAGAAAAACUAUAAUUUAUCGAAAAUUCUUAAUCAAAAUUUUCAUGUAAAAAAUAUUUUCACUUAAACGUUAAUAAAAUAAAAAAUUUGCUAACAAUUUGCAGUCUUGUAAAAACGAAUAAAGGUAUUUUUACUGCCAAUUUUCAAUACUAAUAUGUACGGCAGUCACGUGAAAAUUGACAGGAUUAUCGUAAUGAAAGUUAACUUUCAGGACAAAUAGGGAUUACCUGGAUUUUUAUUCAUGUCCGAGUUUGUGCCUAUAUGCUUUCUUGUAAUAUAUGUACAUCCAUGCGCAUAUGUGUGUCCAGUUUGCUGGCAAUAAAGCGCAUGCACGAACACAUUAAACUAAUAACGGGUUUACUGUCCAGACUUAUCUCAAACGUAUAUAUCAAACGUAUAGAGAUAUUUUAAUUGUGACAUGUGAUUUGGCAGUUAUUUGUAUUUUUUUUUCGUACGAUUUGCUCAGUCCCUAACGUUUUGACAGAAAGCUUUUUCAAUUGUUGAAUCUUCGCUUUAACAGUUCGUAUGUUUAUCGAUCGCCCUGAUUCUAAUGCUCUAUUAUUUCGAGAUCGUCACGUACCUUGCCUCAAAUUUUUUAUAUUUCUUUUAAAUUCUCUUUAUAAACUCCCUAACAUUGCACGCUGGUUCACGUAUUUGCAUCAAUUCCAUCAAUGGCAAUGAAUAAUAACGUAUGAGUUUAAAAGCUUUUUCUAUAAUGCAAUCUCUUGUCAAAUGCAAACAACUUUGAAUUAGAAACUUUGUUUUAUUUAGUCUUGUAUAACUGUUCAACGUAAUAUAUAUGUAUAAUAGUGUAGUAAUAUCCUUAUUUUUCAUUACUACGAUAUAACGAUUCCAGCAUAAUUCUUUUAGUCACAUUAUUCAUAACAAAAUCUGAAGAAAAAAAAUUGCGACAAAGUAAAGGGUUUCUUUUCAAGAAACGAUUAUUUCACUAACGUUAGUUGGAUAACACAAUUUGAUUCAACAUAAGAGGCUCAAGUAGUCAAUAAAAUUUAAACUAAAUCUCAACAUUAUAUGCCUCAGGAUUUUUCAAUUUUUUAUAUCUACUGACAUGGACAGACAGAUGAGUGUCUUUGUGAUUGAUUCGUUCAAAAUAAUUCAUACGACGUUUCACUUUCUGUCACAGUAUUUUUAUUCGCCCCACUUGUGUAUUUAUCAACAGACACGUAUCCAGAGCUUAAUAUAAAUAUGCGUACGACUUUUUUUUCUAACACCCGACAAUGCUUUCGAGUGCAUCGAAGCUGUCUCUCGAAAUUCUCUGUUUUAUUAUUUAUAAAUUCGGUUGGAUCAUCGCACGAGUAUACAUUGGCGAUAACAGAAAAUUCGCAAGGAAAAAAAGGUUUAAAACGCAUUCGAUGCAGACGCAAAGUUAAUUAAUGUAUCGCACUCAUCCGUUCAGUUCUUCACACUCGUAUACGCACGCAAAAGUAUGGACAAACACGUACAUACAAGUCGCUGCAUGGAUAUGGUGAUGUUUUUUCUUUAUUUAUUCAUCUUUUAUUUUUACGCGGUUUUUGUCCCUUUUUAGUUACUUUAUAUAUAGCUCUUUCCUCGAUUUUCAUUUCUUUAUUUAUCGAAUCUAACGCUAAGCAAAUGGCGUGUAAUGGUUACAGUGUCCAGACAAAGUUCCAAAUUUCUCAAUGACGAUUUGUUUAUCUUUUUUUUAUUUCUCCUUAUGCUUUAAACGGGCAGUAAUAGAAAUACUAUAUAUAAAUAUCAAUAUAAUGUACAACAAGUCGGAAACUUUAGUCGACGUGCCUAGUAGUGAGUUCGAAAUCGAAAACAAUGCUUAUUUAUAUGCCUAUUUGGUACAGUUAGUAGAAGAAAAUUUAUACUUUAUACAGUUUUACGAUGUAGUUGUCUUUUUGGCGACUGAUGGAUCGCGACCCACAGGAUGACGGCGGCGCGCAGCGGCACGAACGUUAAUGUCCCUCUGCUUCUUUUUCUUUUAAAUUUCUCUGUGAAUAUAUAACGCAUAUAGCGCGUGUGAGUGUGUGUUUGUGUAAUCUGUAUUGUAUACGUAGGAACCUGCAGUUUUCCCGAUGGAAACUUUACGAUAUGUCUUUCCACAACGACUGUUACUACUUAUUCGCUUCCGGGCAUUUCUCGCGGCUAUUAGCGUUCGAGGCAAGUUGCGACGCUUUCAAGGUAAUGAAAAAGCGCAUCGCCGAGACUUUUACUAAUUGAAAGCAUUCAACGGUGUGGGGAAUAUCCUAACGAAAAAUAGACUUACACUUGCGUGGGUCGGAAUUUAAUCGAUGGAUAUCCGGUGCAAAUUGAAAUUUAAUAAUUGAAACUGCGGAUAGAGAGAAAGAGAGAGCUUGCGCUCGUGGGAAAGAGGACAAACGCGAAUCGACGUUUUGAUUAACAAAUAAAUCAGCGCGGCGAAACAACAGCACGGGAAUGAACAGGCGAAAAAAGCAGUGCGCUCGCGCGCGAGAGCGAGGGACUAAAUUUCCUCGGAAUUUAUCGAGAUUAAACGGUACCGAAGGAAAUAAAAGUUUCUGUCAAUUCUUCAAAACACUUUUCCGUGUCGCUUACUCUCUCUUUCUCUCUCUCUCUCUCUCUCUCUCUCUCUCUCUCUCUCUCUCUCUCUCUCUCUCUCUCUCUAUCCCCGCAUGCCGCGCAGAGCGUCCCUUCUCUUCUCGUUCGGCUUCCUCCUCUCUCCAGCACUCCAGCCCCGCUCCACUCCGACAAAUCGACUCUCGAAGGGCAUGAUUUACCGCCCUCUCGUUUCUCCGCUCGCGCGCUUUAUUCGGCCAGCCCCGUGGGCCGUUUUUCUCCGUCCAUCCAUCUCUUUCUCCUUGCACCUUUUUUUUUAUAUCCCUCGCGCCGCGUACAGUUACCGACUGUACGCGUAUAAGCUAUAUAAGCACCUCGUGUCCGCCGCUUCUCUUCCGUCCUCCUGCCCGUCGGGAUCCAGCAGUGCCUUGCGAGAUAUUUAUACAUGUACAUUUACAUUUAUAUUUUCGAGUCAACCAUGUAAAUUUACAGUUCGGCGAAAGAGCAGCAUCGGUGUCUCUAUACGCGCCUUGUUCGCGUCUGCUUCAUCAAAAAGUCCUUCGCAUCUCUCAUUUUUCUCUCUUAUAAUUCUCCCUAGCAAUCGUAUAAAAUAUUCUCAUAUUCAAGGUAUGUAUUUACAAGCGCGAGCGAGCGCGUGCCUCGGAAUAUUCAUUUUCUCGUCGCGUGUCCCUCGCACUUCUCUCCGGCGUACGGGCCACUCGCUUCUUUUUUGCCGCUCCUCUCGGAAGCUCUCUCCCUCAGCCGGUGCGCGCGCGCGCGCGCUUCUCUCUUUUGAGUUACGAUCGAGGAUGCGCGUAGCCCUUAAAGCGAAGAGCCGCUUUCUCUCCUUUCUACUUUAGCCCCCCGUGAUAUACACUUUUGCGAGACUGCAUUCGCAGCCAGGAAAAUUCGCGCCAUCGGCCGUGAAUACACGAGAGGAACGAAACGGAAUAACGACGAUUGCCAAACUCUCUCUCUCUCUCUCUCUCUCUCUCUCUCUCUCUCUCUCUCUCUCACUCUCUUGUAUGCUCGCUCGCUCUAGCGCGCGCAAACGGCCAUUAUGGAUGAUUUUACGCAGCGAUAAAAUUUUUUUCCCGCGGACGCGUGUAUACAAGUAUGUAGAGAGAGGGAGAGGCCACGAUGAAAUAUUCGAAAAGGGUUCUCGUAUACGUUGCGUAUACGCAUAAGCCGAGCGGAUAAAUAUUUGAGCGCGCACGCCUACGCGUUUAUUCGAAUCACCGCAAUUUUUCGCGCGUCUACGCACACGCGAGGGCAAAUAUUUGUCGAGCGAGUGAAAAAUCGAGCGUCGAUUUUGCAAUCCUUGUUUUUUUCCUCUCCCUCUCCCUAUUUCCCCCGCCAUGUUGAUCGAUACGACAUAAUGAAACGUACCGAGAGGAUGAAGGGGACGUACACGCCUAUACACUCGAGAGUAAUGAAAGGUGCUUGUGCGUCUCGUUACGACUGCGUCGUUUCAGCGUCGAUAAAAAAAUCACGCGUUCGCGACGUCCCCUUUUACUUCCCUCGAGUGAAAGUGGCUGCGCGACGGAUGUUCGUCUUUUUAUCCGAGUUGGCAAAUAGUUAGCGUGAUAGCAUUCGGGGGAAAUUGGUAAUGCACUGUGCAAUCAGUCGAGAGUGACGGCAGUCGAACGACAUCCUAGGGUGUUUCAUCAUUCGCUUCCACUCGCCGAUCCGUCGAUGUGAUUCGAGUUUAAACUUAUAUUCCUUGAAAGUUUCAGCCGCGACAUUAAGCCGAACCGCCGAAGCAGUCUCGCAAAAAUGAACCUGAUUACCCGGCAAUCCUCCAUCGUGACCCAGUCGCAAGAGAGGGCAUCGUUUGAAGAGCGCACCAUUUUGGCCUCCUCAGCGCGCGAUCGCUCAGGCAGCGCGAACAAUUCAAUUGCUGCUGCGUCACACCGAGCUCUCGCGCUUCGUGACGAGUAUCGGCGUGCCGAUUUUGCCAACCGACGUGGCGACCUCGUGCAUCUCGCUGGGCGAGGCCUGUUGGAUGCAACACUGAGCCGCUGCCGAGGACUGGAUGUCCUUGGCGAGGAGGACGCCCCCGGGGCCGGUGCGUACGACGUUGACUGACCCGUUUCCGCCGGCCGUGUACAUGACGCUCGGCGACAUUGACAUGGCCAUCGCCGCCGUUGAAGCUGUCGCUCCGUGACUCGACCAGUGCUGCCGCGGCAACGUGCACAUGCCGCUCUCGUACACUUCGCUCGUCAUCGGCUGCUGGAACUGCUGUAACAUUGCAAAGGGUUUUUUUCCCAUUAGGUUUUUUGUUUCGCCAUUAUUUUUGCCGAGCGUGAUUUCAUGCGCGCAUUCGGGACGCGUUGUUGACGUGAUUUAUGCUCCACUGGAUUUUGAUAAAACGCUUUGAUGAUCGAUU